AUACCAUGUACUAAUCUUACUAUUACCUAGUUUGUACGUCCUAUGUAGGUAAUUAUGCAGGGCUCUGUCCCUAUCUUCAGCCACUCUUUCCUUCUUUCUACUUUAUUUGCGCCCAGCAAGUGACAGUCAAGAUAGUACUCAUCAUACACCCUAAAAGAAAAAUGGCAGAAAUUCUAUUGCGCCUCACUUCAGUCUCACCUCAACUGCAUAAUCUCAACAAUACAUCUGACGAAAGAUAUGAUUCUGAAAUCUGUGACCUGGUUGCAUAUAUCAGGCAGUUCGAUAGGAAUCUUGACAGCCAAGAUCUACUAGAUAACCUCAACCCGUCACAACACACACUAUCUUAUUUAUUCAUUCUUAUUUUUCAAAUCGAAGCUUUGCAAAAUAAGACGAAGAACAUAGUACCCGAUGAGAUCAAACCCGGAAAUGACCUGUGGGCGAAAUCUGUCUUUUUCCUCAGGUCUUUUGACCCCAUCCAGGUCCGCUACGCUGGUCAUGAGUGGCGCCAACUUAUUGAACUCAUAGGACAAGCUGCUGAAACUGUAGCAAAGCCGUUUUUAGCAGUUCAAGUGAUCAAGGAGGCCCUGCUUCGACUUGACUCAGCUGGAGUCCUCACAUCAGUACAUGUUGCUUUCCUCAGACUUUGUUUGCUCUCAAGGUCAUACAGUCAUGCUUUGCCGAUUCUGGAAAGACAAAUAUUCCGGUUUCCCACCAGUUCAGGGCAAGCAUAUCGCAAGCAUAUCGAGCGUCCAUUAUGUUCCGAGAAUACCCUUGGUGACACAUUCAUCUCCGACGUGUCUGGGUUCUCUGCAAAUUUGACAUACAGAGAUCAUGCAAAAUAUUUUCUCUAUGGCGGAAUGAUCUACAUGGCCCUCCAAAAUUGGGACAAAGCGUUACAUUGGUUGAGCGUUGUGAUCUCAUCUCCCGUCAGUGACUCUGUCACCAAGAUUAUGGUCGAAGCAUACAAGAAGUGGGUAUUAGCUAGUUUGCUGGGGCAUGGAAAGCUACUUCCACCCCCUAAAAUGAUCUCUUCACACAUUCUAAAAGUCUAUCAGACAAUAACAAGGCCUUACGCGUCAUUGGCUGAUGCUUUUGAGAGACGCAAUUUUCAGAGGUUGAGAGCUGAGAUCGAUAUCGGUCGGCCAGUUUGGCGUGCUGACAAUAACGAGGGCCUCGUAUCCCAGAUGUUCCGUGCCUACAACACAUCACUGCUUCGCAGGCUAGGCAGAACAUUCUCGGCUCUUACUACAGCAGAUGUGGCACGGCGCACGUUCACCCCCAUAGCAUCCCUUGCAAAUGUCGAAGAAUUCGUAGCAUCGCUUGUGAUGUCUGGGUCUCUCAACGCUACACUCCUUCAUUUAUAUGGACACGGAAGUGCUACAAUGCUUCGAUUUUCUGCGCCGACCAAAUUUGUCUUCAAUAAGGAGACUUUUAUGCGGACACGAUUGGUCAAAGAGGGUCGAGCGUUAGGGCUUAUCACAGAUUAUGUCGAUCAAUGUAGCUGUGAGUUGAAGCUGGGCAAUGAAAAUCUCCAACUUUUAUCAAGAAACCAGAGGUGGCCUGAUACUUCGGGUAAGGGUGGCAGCGAUCUUGUUGGAGAAGCAGAUGGCGGUUUGGACAUUGAUGAAGACAUCAUGGGGGAUGCUACUUAAAGCCUGGAUAACUUUGAUCCUUGAUCGUGGGCGUAUCAGAAUGAGAACUUCAAUUCUGAUCCUAGUCAAUAUAGUCUUUACAGUGAUGUCACGGUCAUACGGUUUCGAUUGAAUUUGAUCAGCAGUUUGCUGGGUAUAAUACCCUACGAUUUGAUUUAUCUGAGUGGAUCUUUGCCCUGUCUCCGGGCUCUAUGCUCCUCGUAGACCCUGG